AGCAGGAGGAAAGAGAAAGCAAGAGGAUCAGAUUGACACAACGGGCUGGAGAGAGGAGGAGACUCUGUACUGGGAUCUAUUUAUCGUCACACAGCCCCUGGGCAGCCGGCGGGCAGAGUUGACGAUAGUGGUUCCAGGCAUACAUGGCGUCUGGGUGCAGUGAAUUGGAAGCUGCCAUUGAAGUUCUUGUGCGCAAUUUCUAUGUAUACGCAGCGCGCAAGGGGAAGUACGACAAGAUGAACAAAAAGGAAUUUCGCAAGAUGGUCACGCAAGAGCUUCAGCACGUCCUUACGAACACCCAGAACAAGGAAGCUGCCAACAAGCUCAUCCAGUCGCUGGACGCAGACGAGGACGGGAAGAUCAGUUUUGAUGAGUACUGGACUCUGAUUGGAGAGAUUGCCAAGAAGCUGAGCACACAGAUGGCAUUGCAGUGUCAAGAAUGACGCUUAAGAACGAGGAACGAUCCAUCCCUCCAUCUAACUGGGGUGGGAGCCUCCCAUAGAUCACGGAAACACCACAUUUAUUUUCCGGUGUUCAGUCCCAUGGUGGGGCUCCAGUAUUUCAUUUUCGAUUCAGCUGUGGUUAGGUUACAUUUUUUACUUUCAUUGUUUACCCAAACGUUGUUUUGGAAGCUAUAUAUGUUACUAGAGCCAAGGAACAAGUCCUCAUAUCCAUGACCUGGUUAUGCUGGAUGAUCAGGUUACCUGUCGAACCCCUAACAAGGCUUCCUGUUUUAUUAUCACCAUUAUACUUUUUAUGUGUAAGGUGUUGAAUUGUGUUUUUAUUUAGCACUUGUGAACAAAUGGGUAAAAGCACAUUACAGCCGAUAUAUAAUAGCAUACGGGUGGAAUAUAUACGCACUGAUGAUCAACUCUUGUAAUUUGCAAUCUUAAUAAAUUGUACACAAGUUAGAAUA